AGAUGUUUUGGGGGUUUGUGAAAUUGUGACCGUAUAAACCAUUCAAAUUCAAUGAUAAUAAAUUGUAAUAACACAAGUGGGUAGUGAAAGAGAGGUGUGUAGGGUCACAUUUCUACCUUUCUCUUCUUCUAUAAAAAGUCUGUUUUUCAUUUGCAUCCUCAUCAUUUAUAUACAUUCUCAAACCCUAAGAAAAGAAAACGUGUUUUCGUUUUCGUUUUAGCCAAAGUCUUUGAAUCAAUAUCGAAGAUGAAGUUGGGAUCAAGUCAAAGCAUGGGAGGUUCAAAGAGACGGGUGUCGAGUAGGGGACUUGGAGCUGUUCUUAAAGAACAAAGAGCUAAGCUUUACAUCAUUCGAAGAUGUGUUGUCAUGCUUCUUUGUUGGAACGAUUGAUUCUCCUUAGAUUCAUUAUGUCCCUCAUUUCGAUCACUGUCGGUAUGUAUCAAAGGGUUUGCUGGUUGGAGAGAGACCCGUCGUUUCGUUCUGCAGAAGAACCUCGGCUAACAAGGUCGGUUCGGAUCCUAGUUUGAUGCUAUAUUGUGGAAGAAUCGGUUAAACGAUUAGCUUGUUUCGGUUAGGUCUCUCAGUUGGUUAGCAGAUUCUUGUUCUUUGGAGGAAAUGUUGAAAUUUAAAUUACUUAGUGGAGAGGAAGGGAAAUAUUGUAAAUAUUCACAACAUGCUAGAGAGAGUUGACAAAGUUUUGUAAUAGCUUUUGGCUUUGUUCAUGACAUUCUUAAAUAUAAAUGAUUUACGGCUAUGUAAAAUUGUAGCUCUGUAUUCCA